AUGAUGAUUUGAGCCAAUAGGGGAUGGCUGAUACAAGCCAUGAUUGAAUCUAUACCCAUCCGUCACUUUCUCUCUUGUAUCUACAUUUCUAUAUGUAUAGACUAGUCCCAUCCUUUUACUGUACCGAGAAUAGCAAAAGGCUGUGACACCUCAGCCUCCAAAAACCCAACCAUUUUCUACCCUUCCUUUCCCAUUCCGCUUUCUUACAAUCUGAAUAAAAACCCCUGUUAUCCCAGCUGAAAGGGGGCAGAAAGGAGUGUUUAUUUUGAUUGGGAAGACUGAAGCUUUGGCUCUCUGGUGUUCGAGAGGAGUGAGGAUGGGUGAUAAAAAUGAUGGACUGGGCUUGAGUUUGAGCUUGGGAUACGAUGCUACACAACAAAAUCAUCAACAGCAGCCUUCUUUGAAGCUAAAUCUCAUGCCUGUACCUUCACAAAACAAUCAUAGAAAAACUUCCUUGACUGACCUCUUUCAUUCAUCAGAUAGAGCAUGUGGUACGAGGUUUUUUCAACGAGGAAUUGACAUGAACAGGGUUCCAGCUGCAGUGACGGACUGCGAUGACGAAACUGGGGUUUCUUCACCAAACAGUACGCUAUCCAGCUUAAGUGGGAAAAGAAGCGAAAGAGAACAGAUUGGAGAAGAAACAGAAGCGGAGAGGGCUUCUUGCUCUCGUGACAGUGAUGAUGAAGAUGGUGCUGGUGGUGAUGCUUCCAGGAAGAAGCUGAGACUCUCAAAGGAACAGUCUUUAGUGCUUGAAGAGACUUUCAAGGAACAUAAUACUCUUAAUCCCAAGGAGAAGCUGGCUUUGGCAAAGCAGUUGAAUCUCAGGCCUAGGCAAGUGGAGGUGUGGUUUCAGAACCGAAGAGCAAGGACUAAGUUGAAGCAAACUGAAGUCGAUUGCGAGUACCUAAAGAGGUGCUGUGAAAAUCUAACAGAGGAGAACAGGAGGUUGCAGAAGGAGGUGCAAGAGCUUAGAGCACUGAAACUUUCCCCUCAGCUCUACAUGCACAUGAACCCUCCCACCACCCUCACCAUGUGCCCUUCAUGUGAGCGCGUUGCUGUCUCGUCAGCCUCAUCAUCUUCUGCUGCUGCUGCAUCUUCCUCUGCUCUUGCUCCAACUGCCUCAAACCGCCAACCACAACGGCCGGUGCCCAUUAACCCUUGGGCAACAAUGCCUGUCCACCAUCGAGCUUUUGAUACUCCUGCUUCCAGGUCAUGAUUGUUAGCUUGAAGUAGGGGCUGUUUGGUAAAGAUAAAAUGGAUGAAAGGAUUUAGGAUAAGAUUUCCAGGAACCCACAGAAAUUUGAGAGAAUGUGGAAUAGGGAGAAUAUGAAAUAAGACACGAUCAAUGGUGGUAGUGGUUAGGAUGUGAUUUUGUUGACAAGUCCAGGUUGCAAAGAGUGGACUAGUUGCAAAAUGUAGUGUUUAUAAGUUGUAGGAUGAUUGGAAGGUGCGACAAAGGAAUCCGAAUACAAUAUCUCCCUGCUGAUUAUUGUAGGAUUUGAUGUAGACAAAGUGGCUUUACUAUGUAAAGAGAAUAGUAUUUUAGUGAUCCAAAUGAAGGAAUGAAUUGAAUGGUCAUCCUAUUAACAAAAAAUGCUUCUAUUCA